AUGAGUGGAGCUGCAUAUAAUCCCUUUAUACUGCUGAUAUAUCUGACAGCCCUGUAUGUGGGACCCUGCAGACCUAAUGUGCAGCCCCCCAAUCCUGCCUGUCGCCUGGAGAUCAUUAAAACAUAUGAGGAAUAUGAAUAUAUACAGGAAGGAGACAUUAUGAUCGGAGGGGUGCUAACCAUGAAUUCCUAUGCAGUUAAUUUCCCCCAUCCAGAGGGCAAUUCCAGCAGGAUCCUGUGUGUCCAUUCUUCUCCUCAGUAUUACAGACAUUAUGUGGAUUUCCUUUUUGCUAUUGAGAACAUUAACAAAGACCGAAUUCUUUUACCCAACCUGACCCUGGGGUACCAUAUAUACGACUCCUGUGGGGAUGCACGGAAGGCUGUGAGGAGCGUAUUACAGAUAUUAUCUGGUACCAGGGAGCCGGUUCCCAAUUACUCCUGUGUGGGAAAGAGAAACAUUGCUGGGUUUAUUGGGGAUUUUUCAUCAGAAACAACUCUGCCCAUAGCCCAGAUUCUGAGUCUGUUUGGCUAUACCCAGAUCAGUCAUGGAGCUACAGACCCAAUGCUCAGUGACAGAGUCUCCUUCCCGUACUUCUUCCGGCUGUUACAAAGUGACGCCCAUUAUGCAGCUUUGGCCAAGUUUCUGGAUUAUUUUGGCUGGACCUGGGUUGGGAUAAUUAGAACUGAAGAGGACAGUGAAGACAGAGAACAUCAACUGCUGACAAAACAUCUCUCCAGGCUUGGAAUAUGUGUUGCAUUCGACAUAAAGAUGAAGAAACAAAGUAGUAUGCUGAAUAAAAAUAAUUUCAAUUACUAUGAAGAAUGGAAGAGAAUCAUUAAACAAUCUUCAGCCAAUGUAACUAUUAUUUUUGGGACAUUUUCUGCUACAUUUCAACAAGAACUAAUACAACUUAUUGAUGUUCUUGAUAAAAACACAGUGGUCUUCACUUCUACCUGGCCACUUAAUGGAGACACACUGAAUUAUACCAUGGGAAUUGUUAAUGGGAGCUUGAUAAUUAUACAAAAGGCAAGUGAUUUCAUUAUAACUAAAAUUGAACAUUUUCUGCAGAACAUUCACCCUUACAAUUACCCAGAAGACAAGGUACUUGAAGAUAUUUGGAUGCAGUAUCAUUUCUGUUCGUCAGAAGAUCAAGAUAAGAAUGAGUUGUAUAAAACCAUUUAUUCUGGAACUCUCCACAACUGCACCGGGCAAGAACAUAUUACAGAUAUUGGGAAUUUUAACAAUGUAUUACACUCUCCCCUUGUGUACAGUGCAGUUCGUAUGAUGUAUCGUGCCCUUUAUAUGAUGCAUUUCUCAUUUAGUAGCAAAUCUCCACCAAACAACAAAAGAAUCUCCAGUUACAGAAACCAGAUCCCAAGAGCUCAAUGCUCAGACAACUGUCUCCCCGGCUUCAGGAAGGCACCAAGGCCCGGAGCCCAGUCCUGCUGUUAUGACUGUGUCCCAUGUUCUGAGGGAGAGAUCUCCAAUUCAACUGACAGCAUAAGCUGCUUCAGAUGCUCAGACAUGGAAUGGCCCAAUGAGAAUAAGAAUCAGUGUAUUGCAAGAACAGAACAAUUUCUCUCCUACACAAAUGAUGUGAUUUCUAUUAUUUUUUCAUCAAUCUCAGUUCUCUUCUUUCUUAUAACUCUGUUAAUACUGGGAGUCUUCAUUUCUUACCGAGACUCCCCCAUAGUGAGAGCCAACAACCGGAGCCUGAGCUUCCUCCUCCUUGUCUCCAUCAAGCUGAGCUUCCUCAGUGUGUUUCUGUUCCUCGGUCGCCCUGUGGAUAUAACCUGCAUGCUGCGCAUCAUCACUUUUGGAAUCACCUUCUCCAUAGCUGUCUCUUCUCUCCUGGCCAAGACUAUCAUGGUUUGUGUUGCUUUCAAAGCCACCAAGCCAGGGAGCUCAUGGAGAAAAUGGCUGGGAGUCAAACUGUCCAAUUCUGUAGUCUUGUUCUGCUCAUCCAUUCAAAUAAUCAUCUGCAUGACUUGGUUGGCCAUUUCUCCUCCCUUUCAGGAACUGGACAUUCACACUUCCCCUGGAACCAUCAUCAUUCAGUGCAAUGAGGGCUCAGCUAUUGGCUUUUACUCAGUUAUUGGGUAUAUGGGGCUUCUGGCAGCUGUUAGUUUUGUUUUAGCAUUUUUAGCUCGGAGCUUACCGGACAGUUUUAAUGAGGCCAAGUACAUCACUUUCAGCAUGCUGCUCUUCUGCAGUGUUUGGAUCACAAUGAUCCCGGCCUAUCUGAGCACCAAAGGCAAAAACACUGUGUGUGUGGAGAUAUUUGCCAUACUCACCUCAAGCGCGGGCCUUUUAGCCUGUAUAUUUCUGCCCAAAUGUUAUGUAAUUAUGUUUAGACCUGAAUUAAACACAAAAUCUUGUUUAUUUGAACAUAACUCCAGGUAG